CAAUUUCGCAAAUAAAAAUCAGAAUUACAGUGUUCCCUUAUCCCCUCCCCGAAAGCCAUCAUUAAGGCAACCAACCCGUGAAGAACAAAAUAUGCAGUCUUUGGCUGCCCCGUCCCACCUACUUCCCUCCUCUACCCGCCGGCAUUUGCCCCCUUCCCCACGCUCCACCACCAUCAAAUGCCACCACCCUUCCCCAAACCCUAAACCCCAAAGCCCCAUUCCCUUCCUCCCCUCCCUCUCCAAGCCCCUCGUUCUUGCCUCCGCUUCUGCCGCCGCUCUCCUCAUCUCCUUCACCCCCAUUUCCAUCCUCCUCCCUGGAGGCAACGGCGGGGGCUUCUCCGGUGGCGGAGGAAAUGGAGGUGGUGGUGGUGGUUCCAACGGCGGUGAUGGCAACUUCUGGGAGAAGCUCUUUUCACCUUCGCCAGCAAUUGCAGACGACAGCAACCAAGAUCAAGAAUGGGAUUCUCACGGAUUACCAGCCAACAUAGUAGUUCAACUGAACAAGCUGAGUGGGUUCAAAAAGUACAAGCUUUCGGAUAUUUUAUUCUUCGACCGACGGCGAUGGACCACCGUAGGAACCGAAGACUCAUUCUUUGAAAUGGUUUCGUUGAGACCAGGAGGGUUCUACACCAAAACCCAGUUGCAGAAAGAGCUUGAAACUUUAGCCACAUGUGGAAUGUUUGAGAAAGUUGAUAUGGAAGGCAAAACUAACCCAGAUGGAACUUUGGCAUUAACCAUUUCCUUCACAGAAAGUACUUGGCAAUCAGCUGAUAGGUUUAGGUGUAUAAAUGUGGGGCUAAUGGCGCAAUCCAAGCCUAUUGAAAUGGAUCCUGAUAUGACAGAUAAGGAGAAAUUGGAGUACUACAAGAACCAAGAGAAGGAUUAUAAGAGGAGGAUUGAAAGAGCUAGGCCUUGUUUGUUGCCAAUGCAAGUGCAUAGGGAAGUGCUUCAGAUGUUGAGGGAGCAAGGGAAAGUGAGUGCUAGGUUGUUGCAAAAGAUAAGGGAUAGGGUUCAGAAAUGGUACCAUGAUGAAGGGUAUGCUUGUGCUCAGGUUGUCAAUUUUGGUAACUUGAAUACUAAGGAAGUGGUCUGUGAGGUAGUGGAAGGGGAUAUUACACAGCUUGUGAUUCAGUUCCAGGAUAAACUUGGGAAUGUUGUUGAAGGGAAUACUCAGCUUCCUGUUGUCAGGAGAGAGUUGCCUAGACAGCUUCGACAAGGCAAUGUUUUUAAUAUUGAAGCUGGGAAACAAGCCCUGAGGAACAUAAAUUCACUGGCUUUAUUUUCAAAUAUUGAAGUGAAUCCACGACCUGAUGAAAAGAACGAGGGAGGCAUAGUUGUUGAGAUAAAGCUCAAAGAGCUGGAUCAAAAAUCAGCUGAAGUUAGUACGGAGUGGAAUAUUGUACCUGGACGCGGGGGACGUCCCACAUUGGCUUCAUUUCAACCUGGUGGAACUGUCUCUUUUGAGCAUCGAAAUCUCAAAGGGCUUAACAGAUCUAUUCUUGGUUCACUGACCACCAGUAACUAUUUGAAUCCACAGGAUGAUCUUGCCUUCAAGCUAGAAUAUGUACAUCCAUAUUUAGAUGGUGUUUAUAAUCCACGCAACCGAACUUUUCGUGCAAGCUGCUUCAACAGCCGGAAAUUGAGCCCAGUUUUCACUGGUGGACCAGGAGUUGAUGAAGUCCCACCAAUAUGGGUUGACCGAGCUGGUGUUAAAGCUAACAUUACAGAGAAUUUUACCCGUCAAAGUAAAUUCACUUAUGGACUCGUGAUGGAAGAGAUAACAACACGUGAUGAAAGCAGUCAUAUCUCUGCAAAUGGUCAAAGAGUGCUACCAAGUGGAGGCAUCAGUGCAGAUGGUCCUCCAACCACUCUCAGUGGUACUGGCGUUGAUCGCAUGGCAUUUCUACAGGCCAAUAUCACCCGUGAUAAUACCAAGUUUCUAAAUGGUGCUAUAGUUGGUGAGAGGAAUGUGUUCCAGGUGGACCAAGGACUUGGGAUUGGCAGCAAGUUUCCAUUCUUUAACCGCCAUCAACUAACACUCACACGAUUUCUCCAACUUAGACAAGUGGAAGAAGGUGCUGGUAAGCCUCCGCCACCUGUUCUAGUCCUUCAUGGACAUUACGGAGGUUGUGUUGGUGACCUUCCAAGUUAUGAUGCUUUUACCCUUGGAGGCCCCUAUUCUGUGAGAGGUUAUAAUAUGGGUGAGUUAGGUGCAGCAAGAAACAUUCUUGAGCUCGGAGCCGAGAUUAGGAUACCAGUGAGAAAUACACAUGUUUAUGCAUUUGCAGAGCAUGGAAAUGAUCUAGGAAGUUCAAAAGAUGUGAAGGGGAACCCAACAGAGGUGUACAGGCGAAUGGGUCACGGUUCAUCAUAUGGGGUUGGUGUGAAGCUAGGUCUAGUGAGAGCUGAGUAUGCUGUUGACCAUAACACCGGAACAGGUGCAGUCUUCUUUCGGUUUGGUGAAAGAUACUAAAAUGUGAUUUAGGGUCCAAUUCUGCUUAAUCCAGGGUAGGCAUUUUGGUUUGUAGUUUACUGUUGGAGCUUCUUGUUGAAUCUGGCAGAUAUUGUUGAGAUGCAAGGAACUAGGCACACCAUUGUAUCGGCUUUGUUAGUCCAAAUAAAUAUUUUGUUUUCUUGUAAUCAUGUGCUUUAUAUAUAUAUAUACAUUUUUAUUC